AUGGUCGAGGGCCACAGCGUGCACCGCGUCGCCACGCGGCACCGCAGCAAGCUCGUCGGCAAGACGUUCCGGGCGUCGAGUCCGAACGCGCGCUUCGCCGAGGGCGCGGCGCUCAUCGACGGCAAGGAGUUCGCGGGCAUCGAGGCCGUGGGCAAGAACCUCUUCGCGUGGUUCGGCAGCGGCGCGGACGAGGUCUGCGUGCACGUGCACUUCGGCAUGGCGGGCAACUGGGCCGUCUUCGACGCGGCCGACGAGCCGGAGACGACGGCGACGACGCGGCUCCGCCUCGCGGGCCACGGCGUCGUGAGCCACCUGUCGGCGAUGACCGUCGCGCACGGCACGCGCGAUGGCCUCUACGCGGAGAAGCGGCGCAAGCUCGGCGAGGACCCGCUGCGCGACGACGCGGACCCGGAGCGCCUCUGGGGCAAGGUCGCGGCGUCGAAGAAGUCGAUCGGCGCGCUCGUCAUGGACCAGAGCUGCUUCACGGGGCCGGGCAACAUCUACCGCGCGGAGAUCCUCUUCAAGGCCGGCGUCCACCCGGACCGGCCGGGCAACUCGCUGUCGCGCGACGAGUUCGACCUCAUCUGGCACCACACCGUCGAGCUCCUCAAGCGCGGCUACGCGACGGGCUCGAUCCUCACGGUCGACAAGGAGGACGAGCGAAAGUACGGCCAGAUCCGCCGCUACAUCUACAACAAGGCCAAGUGCCCCAAGUGCGGCUCGCGCGUCGUCUCCUGGGACAUCGCGGCGCGCACGGCCUACGCCUGCGAGACCUGCCAGCCG